ACCACAACGCAUCCAAUUGCUCUGCACCACCAGGUUACCGACCUGUCAGUCUUCCCUGGUAUCACAUCCAUCGUCUACUCGCGCAAACAUGCAGCGCCCCAACUAUACUAACCCGCCGCCGGCGCAUUCACCACCGCUACAUCACCCAGUUCCCCAACACGUCUCCACGGUCCCUCAAUUACGCUCACCACCUCCCCCACAACCCCCGUCGCAACCCCAAAGCGGAUAUGGCUACGGCCAGCAAGGCGGCGGCAUGCCUCAGCAAGGCGGUGGCUACAACAUGCACCCCUCCUUCGGUGGCUUCAUAAACGACCCCACAGCGCAACUCGGUUUCCAAAUGGGCAAGAGCGCCGUAGACGCGGGUCAGCAAUACGUAGAACAAAACCUCGGACGCCUCGUCUCCGUAUCCGCUCUAAAACACUACUUCAACGUCACAAACUCGUACGUCCUAACCAAGCUGCGAAUCAUCCUCAUCCCAUGGUGGCACCGCCCCUGGUCCCGCCAACACCGCCACACACCCGACCCAACCAUUCCCUCCUCCGCGCUACUAUACCAACCCCCGCGCGAAGACGUGAACAGCCCCGACAUGUACAUCCCCACCAUGGCGCUGGUAACGUACAUCCUGCUCUCCACGCUGCUGGCCGGUCUACGCGGCGCCUUCCACCCCGAACUCCUAGGCUACACAGCGACGGUCGCGAUAUCCGUCACCCUCCUCGAAAUCCUCAUCAUCCGCACUGGAACCUUCCUGCUCGCUAUUUCCUCAUCCUCGCAACUCCUCGACCUAGUCGCGUACAGCGGGUACAAGUUCGUCCACGUGAUUGUCUCGCUCCUCCUCUCACACCUGGCUACGUGGAUUGGCUUCGGCAGCGCGUGGGUUAGCUGGGUGAUUUUCCUCUAUUGUUUCGGCGCGAAUGCGUUUUUCUUGUUGAGGAGUCUGCGCUAUGUGCUGCUGCCUGAUCAGAGUGGGCAGGGCAAUAUUGGCGGCAAUGUCGCUCCGGGUUAUGGUGGGAAGAGCCAGAAGAAUCGGAGGACGCAGUUUUUGUUCGUGUAUAGUUAUGUGGUGCAGUUUGGGUUUAUGGUUUGGUUGAGUAAGGUCUGAGGGGGUGGGUGUACGUACAUGGAUGGAUUUUUUUUUUCGUGGGGGAGGGGAAAGACUGCGUAUGGUCUGUCAGGUAGACCUGUGUGCGAAUCAGGGUGCUGAGGAACCUGGAUGGUGGGUUCAAUAUUGUCGAUUAAGUGCACACGAGGAUAAGGCGUGAGAGUAUCGCCUGUGUACCUACCAGCGUCCAGCAUUCGCGACAUUUGCUCUCAGAAAACAAGAUGAUAACGUAGAAGAGCAAACAAGACCGCCUUAGAUAUAACCGCCUUUUUUGAAAAAAUCAAGAAGCAUAUUCUAUAAA